UGUUCACAAAAAAGCAAAUUAAAACCGCAUGCACGCGACCCAAACGUUCUCUGCCGAACUCCAGGACCUCAAGUGUUGUCACACACGUGCUGCAACAGCUUCCGUUUGUUCCACUUUGAGAACAACUCACACUCAUUCACAACACACGGACAAAACUAUAAUGCUUCUGGGCGAGAGGAAGUGAGGCGGAGGAUGUGUGCUGCAAAUGGCCCGCACCCGCAUUGAUUAUUAUAUAUUUUCGCAGAGUGGCCAGGGCAGAGCAUCGCAAAGCAACGCGGUGCGGCGCCAAUUAAAGUAAAAACAAAACUUGCAACUGAACGCAGUUGGCUUUAGAGAUUUAUGUUUGUGUGUGUUUUGUAAUUGACGGCCAAGAUGUCUCAGCAGAGUGACGCUGAGGUUGCCGUCGUCAUCGCUGCCACCGUCGCCACCGCCGACGCUGCAACAAAAUUAACCUCGAGUGCAGUCGAUGAAUUGCAAGAUGGAGAAAACAGUUUGGAGUCGGGCGAGGUGAUAACGCCGCCGCAUCUGAGGGACAGUAGUCCAGUCGUGGGACGCCUCCAGAGUCCAUUGCUGAAAAAAGUCCUCUCCAAGGACGUUAAGAGCAAAUCAUUGCGCAAGCACUUGGAAAUCGAUGACAACAGCUUUGAUGCGCUAUCAAACACUAUUGCUGGGCACAAGGCGGAAGGAGAGCGUGAGAUAGGAAGUGCAACACCGCAGCCCUUGGAAAAUGGGAAUAUGUGUGCAGAGCAAUCAGAGGAAGAUAAAGCAGCAAUGCUUGCUAAAAGUAACAAAGAGGAGGACAGCGAAGGCUUGUACUCCGAUACCGAUUCGUCCACAGAUGAUCAAAAAAAUUUGGAAGAUGUGCAAAAAGCGCGCUUGGAAAAGAAAGCCGAGCAAGCAGCGGCCUUGACGUCUGUCCCUCCGCCUCCAUACCUCACCAUCAAUCCAAUGAGAUUUCAUAUGCGACACAAUUGCUUCAAUUUUCCUCGCAUGCCACGGAUGCCGCGAGGCGGAAUGCGAGGGAAUCGCCCUCCAUUUUUUGGUAGACCACCAUCAGUCAUGCUAACAAAUAGACCCUCGACUCCAGUAAAAACAGGGCCGGCGCAACCAGCAUCGACAUCGCAGUCCCCACUUGAUAGAGCCCCACAAUCGUCUCCCUGCACCUAUGGACCAGCUCUGCCACCUAACGGAUCAAAGCGGAAGCCAACGCCAGCCCGUGGUGGACGCAAUAAGCCCAAGCAAUCGGAUGUGAUGUGGACGACAGCGCAUCCGCCUGUAUCUUAUGUCUUCAACAUCGUCUCGGAAUGCAUUAAUAAGCACCACAAAGAAUGCAUGCAUAAGUCAAAGCAUACACACUCAACAAGGGUCACAAAAAAAGCCACAAAAUCGAAGGAGUCGCCCAAGGAGACGCUCAGGGACCGUUCCAAGGAGCCGCAUGUGGAUCGUUCCAAAGAGCCGCAUGGGGAGCGCCCCAAAGAGCUGCAUGAACACCGUUCCAAAGAGCAGCAUAGGAACCGUUCCAAAGAGUCGCAUGAGGAACGUUCUAAAGAGCGUCGUCAACGCAGUGCACAUGAGAGUGAAAAAUCCAGCAAGAAAUCAAAGAGUAAAAGCGAAAAUCUCAAAAACGGAAGUGAGAGUCGCGUUAAGACGCCGCCGCCAUCAGUCUCUCAACCAAUCUCAAAGGCCUCUACGCCGGUUGGGAGAGUCUCUACACCGGUUUCGAUGCUGUCAACAUCGAUUUCAAAAGCAUCUACGCCGGUCUCGAAGGUCUCUCCACCACAGACACCUCCACCACAAGCACCUCCAUCACAGACACCUCCACCACAGACACCUCCACGACAGACACCUACUCCACAGACCCCUCCACCACCUCAAGCCAGUUCAACAUUGACGCCACCGUACACAAACAGGGAACUGCGGCUUACGCCUCCUCUGGAGCUAGCAAAGGGCUUUGAUAUAUUUGCUGAAUCGCCACCAAGACUGACAAAACCAGCAUUAACACCUAAGGAGAGCAAAGUCAGAAAGGAGCCCAGCGUAUCCGAAUUUGCAAAAGAAGAAAUUAGUAAAUCGGAAUGCAUCGGGCACGUCUCGGAGAAGACGAAAGUGCAUUCAGCGAUGGCAAGUGAAACAAAGGCUAAGUCAGAACGUAGCACGACACCACCACUGUCAGAACUAUAUCACGGCCCAGCAAUCAAAAAUGAUACGAAGACCGCACCUCUGAUCAAGGCUUCUGAGAUAUAUAGUCGUAUAGAUGCACUGCUGCAGGACAAUGAUGACUUGGAGACCUUGCUGGCCACCCAAGAGUGGUUGCGCAAGACACACGAACAUCGUGGCAAGAAAAUGACGCCCAUUGCCGGAGAAAAGGAAGCCAUGCAGAUAAAGCAGACCAAAAAAGUCGGACACGAUAACACAGACCGUGAAAUGAUUCAUAUAAAACUGGAGCCCAUGGACAUAAAAUCGCCUAAGAGCCGGCAAGACAGAACCCCCGGGAUAGCAGAUAAAAGCUCCAGGUAUCAACGGGAACACAAGGAGAUGGUGUCUGCAAUAGUAUUAAAUAGCCAAUCCACAAGCUUAGAGCGACAUCAUCAAGCAUCUAAAACAUCCCACCACAAAAACUCCACAAGCAACAAAAGCAGCUCGCAUCGUGAAGACAAAGCCGCCGCACAGGAUAACAACAAACAUUUGGGCAAAAAUAACUCGCAUAUUGACGAUAGAUAUGCGCGUAGUCGAUCACGAGAGCACAAAAACAAUUCUCAUGACCAUAGACAAGGUAAUGAGUACAAGGAGCGUGCGAUAAAGCUAGAAAAGAAACGCUUUAAUACGCCACCAAGAAUUACGGAGCCUACCCCAGAGUUUAAUGUGCUGAACAUUAAGGUAGAGCGUGAGGACACGCCCUCGCCGAAGAAAACAAAGCCUCCAACCGUAAAUAUGCGUGCGACGCCGCCUGCCAAGAUUCAGCCAAGUCCCGACACCGAUGACUAUAUCGACAACUGGGAGAACGAUGAUUCGCAGACAGCAGACGGCUCCACGCCCCAAUUGUCAGCACCAACGGCUCAGAUGAAUGGACUGAACAAAUUUAAAAGAAAUGAGGUUAAUGAUGACGACGACGACGAUGUUGCUAGCUAUUCGAAUAGAUUGUGGAAUGCGAAAAGCACGCCACCGCCAAAAUCACGGCCACAUACAGCGGUCCCUGUCCCAGAUCAAGGCGAACAAGUGCCCGCCAAGCAGCUCAUUAGUAUACACGAGCUAUACGAUAAAUUUAUGAAUAGUAUUAAAAUGAGCAGCACAGAAGAGGAGGUCCCAGUUACUUCAGAGUCAACGGAAAAACCUCACAUGACAGUCAAGAGUGUGGAGUCGCCCAAUACAAGUGGCAACAGUAGCAGCGAGGUAUCCAAAAAUAGUUCCUUAAGCAAUUCCACUGCCGAAGAAGAGUCAUCUUCCACAGAAUCAACGAGUAGUAGCGGUACCAGUACUUCCGAAGACGAUGAUAAUGAUGAAGAGGACGACGAGAGUGAAGACUCCAGUGCAGACGAAGAGCAGACGAGCUUAAAUGAGCAGCCUAUAUACAAGAAGGGAAAAGUUCAUAAAGACACAGAAACCACAACGAAAACUGUAGAGGAAGAAGAGAUGACGUCCAACCCCCUAGCACCCCCAUCACGCCACAACACGCCUAAGAAGAACAAUGUGAGCAAAGAUUUGCGCAAACUGAAAAGCCUUGAAGACAAUCUGGCUCGCAUACAAAUGAUGCGGGAGACCUUCGAUAGCGCCGAUGAUAUUUGCAACGAGCUGCUCCAGAUGGAGAAACUAUUUCUCGCGCAGAAAAACGCAAUUGUAGACAAGUAUCGCAAUCGUGAUCUAAAGCUUUCGGAACAAAAGCCGAAGCUCGAUCGAGAUCUUCAGCAACAAAAGCAAACACCGCUGCCAUCACUGCCGCUAUCGCCGGCGAACAACAUUUUUGCUGCAAACCGGGAGGCCAUUAAAUUGACCAUCUCGCCGCUUAAGUUAACGCGAAAAUCUGCCAUCUUAGACAAGGAUGAUUCCGAAUCCGCACCAAUCAAGCAGCAGCAAUCGCAGCGACCGCCCACAUCAGCUGAGAGAAGUUUUGGGGAAAAACAAAUGAAACCCGCUAAGGAAAUUGCAAUUGUUAAGCCAACGAUAAUGGACACCAAGUCAAAGCGCUCCAGCCCACCAAAAUCAACGCAUCGACGGACGCGGGAGCGUUCACUCUCUCGCUCUCACUCACGAGCCCGCACAAGACGCAGCUCCCAGUCACGCCAGCGACAAAUUCGCAACAAGACCAGCUCACGCUCCCAAAGUCCGAGACGGUGGCGAGGACACUCGCCGCGAUUAGGCAACCGUUCGCGUUUAAUUAAACGGCGCACUCGCAGCCGUAGCGUCAGCCGGAGUCGGUCGCGGAGUCGCAGUCCGUUUCGUAGGCGCCGCAUCAAAUUUUCUGGUGGGCGACGUCGAAGUUCUUUGUCACCAAUGGCGCCAAUGCCCAAGACAAUGGGUCCGCGCUCGCCACCGAUGCGUCGACGUUCCUACAGCCGCGAGCGCUACUCACGUUCUCCGCUACCCUUUCGACCACCAUCACCACCAAUGCGGCGCAGUUGGUCCUCAUCGCGUUCACGUUCCCCACCUCGGCGUCACGCACGAACGCGAUCCCGAUCGCCUUAUGCCGACUACUUUGAGGGAAGCAAUAGCAUGGAUGCUGCUGCUGCAUCAGCGGCUGCAGCCUAUUACUAUAACAUGUCGUUACUACAUGGAGCUGGUAACACUGCUGCCGAGGAUGUGACUGGCGAGAACUAUGAGAGCUACGAGAGCUAUGCCGCCUAUGCAGCGUAUAUGGACACCUACAACAUGUCGUUGAAUAGUGAGGAUGGCUACGCGCAAUACAUGGAAUACUCGAAUAUUACGCCAAUGGAACCCGCUUUCUAUCCAGAAUAUGCCGAUCCUGCAACGAUGGAGUCGGGCGCAUUACCUACAUCGGUUCUGCGUGAGUUACCCAAAGUUUCAGUGGCUGUACAAAAAGGCAAUGUGCUGGAAAUUGUGCCGUCUGCUGAAUUAAAUGUUGUUGCUGAGCCGUCGAAUGAAACAGUGAACCGAGCAGACGCAGCCACGGCCGCCACUGUGGCUCCGGAUGAAACGGAGAGCAAACCAAAGCGAAAGCGCGUCAAUUUCGUGGACAAGGUGCAGCCUAACAACGAAAGCGAUAAUGAGGAUCGUACGAUUGUGCAAAAGGCUGUGGAGAGUGCAAUUAAAAAGUUGAGAGAGCGCCGCGCCCUGCCGAUGAAGAUACGUGAGGAGCUGUUGGCGUUGCCGCCCCCACCUCCACCAGCAAUGCCGUGCCCACCACAUCUGGAGAAGGCGAUCUGUGUGCGCAAAAAACCCAAAAUGCGUUUCUUCCACUUUGAUCCGUUCCGCUCCACAAUUGUGCGAACACAGGGUCGAAUGUUCCGACCUCCCCCGCGCUUCGAUCCAAAGUACAUGGCCAUGCUAAUGAAAUCGGGUCGAUUCCCCAUGCCACCAUUUAACUUUCAUGCGCUACAUCGUCAUCGGCCGCCACUGCCCCUUCAUGCUGCCAGAGCUGCCUUACUUAAGGAUAAUUUGGUGAGGAUGCCAUCACGGCCACCACCACCGCGUAGCCCGGACAACAAGGCGGGAGCACCACCGCUCUUUGCAAACUUCCUGCAUCUGCCGCCACCGCGAUUUGUGACCGGCAUGCCACCAGCAGCGAUGCCACAACCCAUACCAGUUGUGGGUCAGAGCUAUCAUCCUCAUCCACGCAUGCCGGCCCCAGCUAUUGCAGCAGCACCAACAACUAAUAUUGUUGUUCCUUUGAUCCCGCCAUCGCUCAACAUGUCCGGUAAUUUUGGUCCACCCCCCAUUAGUGUUCCAUAUGGAGCAGCUGUGCCACCGCCACUGCCGCCGUUACCACCAUUGCAGUCCCACUUUACGGUCAAACCGAUAUCGGCUAUGAAGGAAAUCAUGCCUGUUGACAUACUGCAGAAAAUUGGACCCCUGCCUAAAACGCUCGAUCUGGACGUCAAUCCCAGUGCAGAUGAAGCUACUGCUGAACCGAUUGAGAGCGAGAAAAGUACAUUGGUUAGUGUAGUCAGUGCGUCGGCCGACAAUGCAUCUAAUCUGGAGGUGAAAUUGGAAAACAAUACAUGCCAGCAGCAACAGCUGGUGGAAAGCCUAUAAGUCCUUAAUCCUUUAUAUUACGUAGGUUAGUGUACAUUAUGAAAUCAGACAACUGGCCUGUCUCGUAGUCCAUACUACUCAGCGCCAUUGCGUGCUCCGAUCUGCUCUGUUAAUGCCCAAUUUUAGUUUGAUUUUAGUAUUUAGUAUCUAAUUUUAAGUAGCUUCAUUUAGUUGUACGCACCAAUUUUUUUAGAAACCACGCUGACCCCCAUGGCAUUAAUAAUUUUGUAUACUUUUUUUUCCAAUUCGCAAACUGAACAAAUUGCAUUUAUUGUUAGACUCUUUACAAGUUUUGCAAUCAUGUAGUUUAUUUAUUCAUUAUCAUACCUUUAAAUUGUUUCAUUGAUUUCUAAAAGAAAAUAAAAUGUGUACAUAGA